AUGACAGUGGCUACCGGAGACCCAGUGGAUGAGGCUGCUGCCCUCCCUGGACACCCACAGGACACCUAUGACCCAGAGGCAGACCACGAGUGCUGUGAGAGGGUGGUGAUCAACAUCUCAGGCCUGCGGUUUGAGACUCAGCUAAAGACCUUAGCCCAGUUUCCAGAGACCCUCUUAGGGGACCCCAAGAAGCGGAUGAGGUACUUCGAUCCCCUCCGAAAUGAAUACUUUUUUGAUCGCAACCGCCCUAGCUUCGAUGCCAUUUUGUACUACUACCAGUCUGGGGGCAGGUUGAGGCGACCUGUGAAUGUGCCCUUAGAUAUAUUCUCUGAAGAAAUCCGGUUUUAUGAGCUAGGAGAAGAAGCAAUGGAGAUGUUUCGAGAGGAUGAAGGCUACAUCAAGGAAGAAGAGCGUCCUCUGCCUGAAAAUGAGUUUCAGAGACAGGUGUGGCUUCUCUUUGAAUACCCUGAGAGCUCAGGGCCUGCCAGGAUUAUAGCCAUUGUAUCCGUCAUGGUCAUUCUGAUCUCAAUCGUCAGCUUCUGUCUGGAAACCUUGCCCAUCUUCCGGGAUGAGAAUGAGGACAUGCAUGGUGGUGGGGUGACCUUCCACACCUACUCCAACAGCACCAUUGGGUACCAGCAGUCCACAUCCUUCACCGACCCUUUCUUCAUCGUAGAGACUCUCUGCAUCAUCUGGUUCUCCUUUGAGUUUCUGGUGAGAUUCUUUGCCUGUCCCAGCAAAGCUGGCUUCUUCACCAACAUCAUGAACAUUAUUGACAUUGUGGCUAUCAUCCCUUACUUUAUCACCCUGGGGACAGAGUUAGCUGAGAAGCCAGAGGACGCCCAGCAAGGCCAGCAGGCCAUGUCACUGGCCAUUCUCCGUGUCAUCCGUUUGGUAAGAGUCUUUAGGAUUUUCAAGUUGUCCAGACACUCCAAAGGUCUGCAGAUCCUAGGUCAGACCCUCAAAGCCAGCAUGAGGGAAUUGGGCCUCUUGAUAUUCUUCCUGUUCAUUGGGGUCAUCCUCUUCUCUAGUGCUGUCUAUUUUGCAGAAGCUGAUGAGAGAGAUUCCCAGUUCCCCAGCAUCCCGGAUGCUUUCUGGUGGGCAGUCGUCUCCAUGACAACUGUAGGCUAUGGAGACAUGGUUCCAACUACCAUUGGGGGAAAGAUAGUGGGAUCCCUGUGUGCAAUUGCAGGUGUGUUAACCAUUGCCUUACCAGUCCCUGUCAUAGUGUCUAAUUUCAACUACUUCUACCAUCGGGAGACAGAGGGAGAGGAGCAGGCCCAGUACUUGCAAGUGACAAGCUGUCCAAAGAUCCCGUCCUCCCCUGACCUAAAGAAAAGUAGAAGUGCCUCUACUAUAAGUAAGUCUGAUUACAUGGAAAUACAGGAGGGAGUAAACAACAGUAAUGAGGACUUUAGAGAGGAAAACUUAAAGACAGCCAACUGUACAUUGGCUAACACCAACUAUGUGAAUAUUACCAAAAUGUUAACUGAUGUCUGA